AUGGAAAGUCCCAAGAUCCGGCGCGUCGUAAUUCUAUAUCCCUUGCUACUGGCGAAUGUAAUUUGUGGGAGACAAAUAUGCAUUGACGUCGGUAGUGAUCAAUUCAGUUGCACUCAUGAUUUUUUCGCGACAAGGUAUCAGGUAGAUGGGUCAACCAUUGAUGUAGGCGUCACGCAACGGAUUGAUGGUUCUGAAAUUGAAAAGGCGGCCAUACGCGAAGUCUUGGCUCGAAUGGAUAGUUAUUUUUUCAACGAAGUACUUGCCAUGCCUGAGUAUGAAUACGCAAGGCCAAGGUGCAAGAACACGAAUGAGCUCUGCGCCUUUUGGAGUUCUGUCGGGGAGUGUGAAUCAAACAGAGUUUUCAUGCUCAGUAACUGUCCAGCUGCAUGCCGCUUCUGCCUGUUGUUGAACUCGGGUCUGGCCUGA